AUGAAUCUGAAGAUACUGAAGGAGACUAAUGCAAAUCGUCAUCACUCGACGUUCGGCUCAUUCCAACAUGGCACAUACUCAGUUCCUCGGGAAGCACAACGCAUCCUCAAUCAAGGCAUCUUUGAGAACCCACGGCUAGCGCAUAAUGUACCGGAAGGCGCUGCCAAAAUCGCGGCCAGAUCGAUUAAGAUCAAGGGUACGGACAAGCCCAGCAUCCCCAUCAAUUGGCGCUUCGCCGAGAGUGUGGCUGCUCUCAAGGCCUACGAGGCCUCUGUGCUGUCUCUUCUCAUCCGGAAAAAGUACCACACGGAUGCAGGCGAGAUAGUCAUUGAUACCGAUCGAGCAAGCCUCUUCUUUAUGACACCCGUGAUCGCGCAGAUCGUGGGCGAAGAUGGCAAUCGCAAACCCUUAAGCCCUCUCCAUUUUACCCACCAAAACAUUAUACCCAACCAUGACAAGCACGAUAGUAUGGAUAUGUACCGCGGCCUCGCGACGAAUGUCUAUCGCACGAGAGAUGGCCGCUACUUUCAUAUCCAUGGGAGCAUGAAUGCCACUCCAACCCUUGCAGCCCUUGGUCUUCCCUCGCAUGAUCCAUCUCUAAAAGACCGCGCUGCCAUCGUUGACCGUAUUGGCGCUGAAGUGGAAAAGUAUACCGCUGCGGAGAUUGACGAGCUUAUGAACGAGAGGUACAAACAAGCAGGGUGUAUCGUCCUUACUAAGGACGAGUACUUGAACUCUGAGUCCGGCAAGUCCAAUAAAGCGGCGGGCUUUUAUGAGACGAUCAAGGUAGACGACCAUCCCGCCGCGUCCUGGUGGCCCGAAGACGCCUCAAAACCAUCAUCGGCUCGGAUGCCACUGGCUGGCCUCAAAGUCGUGGACCUCACCCGCGUCAUCGCCGGCCCAUCCAUCACUCGAUUCCUCGCAGAGAUGGGCGCGUCGGUCAUGCGUGUUACUGGCCCAGACGUUGCGGAUUUGUCGGCUGUACACCACGACCUCAACUGGGGAAAGUGGAACUGCCACCUUGACCUCGGACGGGACGAGGAUAGGGAGAAGCUGUGGGAGCUCAUUCGGGAGGCAGACGUGGUGGUUGAUGGGUAUCGCCCCGGCGUCAUGGAGCGGCGCGGCUUUGGGCGCGACGCCGUGUUCGACCAAGUCCGCAGGCAGGAUAGGGGCAGGGGCAUCAUCUACGUGCGAGAGAAUUGCUACGGUUGGCACGGGCCGUGGAUACACCGUAGCGGAUGGCAACAGAUCAGCGAUGCCUGCUGUGGCAUCUCCAUGGGCUUUGGGCGAGCCAUGGGGUUGGACGAGGCCGUCACGCCUGUGUUCCCCAACUCGGAUUUCUGUACAGGCAUCCUGGGAUGCGUCUGCGUGCUGCAUGCCCUCAUUCGUCGGGCCGAGAGUGGAGGAUCCUACGGCGUUGAUACUGCCUUGAACAACUACUCCGCCUGGCUCGCUGAGACGGUAGGCAAAUACCCCACGGCUGUGUGGCAGCAUCUAUGGGAACACCACAACAAGCCCGUGUUCUGGCAUAGCGACAAUAUGCAGCGCCUGCUCCCUGUGAUAUUGUUGCUUCUCCACGAGUAUGACGCAUCCAUCCUCUUCAACCCGUCAUUUUUCGAGACACGAAAAGCUGACGUCGUGGGUGCCACCUUCAUCUUCCCUAAACCAGUGCUAAAAUUCACAGACAAGACGGUCCAUCUCAGGUACGAUGUCAGCACCCGGGGCAACGGUGUGGAUGCGCCUGUGUGGCCGGCCGACCUGAAUGACCAAGUGGUGAAGGGCUGA